GCUGCAGCCGCUGGUCGUGCCGCCGCCCUCUGCUAACAGGCUGUCUGUUCCUCUUUUUUUUUCCCUGCGACGCGGCGGGGGUGGGGCAGCGCUGUACCCGCCACAUUUCUCCCUUUAGCCCCCCCUGCUGGCCACAGCUUGCGCACUAAAGAUAGGCCCGUUCUACCGCCAGAUGCACCGCCCGUAACAAAGAAGAGGGGCACCAGCGGCACGCACCAGCCUAGCACCGCCGCACCACCCCCUGGAAAGCUUGCGCCAAAGGAGGGGCUCACGACAGCUGGCCGCUGCCGGACCGCACACAACACACCGCUGUCCCUCCACGUUUCUCCAGUGUCUCGUGAUUUCAACGCUUUCUUUCUUUCCCAUCGUAUAAAGGAACCCGCGCCGUAUCCUCUCCAUCAUUGCUGAUCCCCAUCUCCAAUCCAUCAAUCCAACUAUACUCCUCCCCUCAACAACCUCUUCCCCGCAAUCAUGUCUGCUCCCACCAUCCCCCCCGGCGGCACCAUUGUCGACACCUUUAAGCGAUCUUUUGUCGACGUGACAAUCGACCCUGCCACCAACGCUGUCAACACCACUGAGUUCCUCGAGGCCAGCGAGUCUCUUAUUACCAUCUUUGAUGUCCUUGGUUCCGUUGCCUUUGCCCCCGUCAAGAGUGACAUGCUUGGCAACGUCAAGAAGAUCCGCGACAGAUUCCUCGCCUCCCCCGUCGACUCCGAGACCCUUCAGAGCCUCGUUCCCAGCGAGCUCAAGACCAAGAAGCACACUGCCACCGAGGGUCUCAUUUGGCUCGUUCGUGCCCUCGAGUUUACCUCCAUCGGUAUCGCCCAGAACAUCUCCAAGCCCGACGAAGAGCUCUCCGACUCCUUCCGCUCUUCCUACGCCGUCACCCUGAAGCCUCACCACAGCUUCCUUGUCAAGCCCAUCUUCUCCGCUGCCAUGGGUGCUUGCCCUUACCGCAAGGACUUCUAUGCUAAGCUCGGUAGCGACCCCGCCAAGGUCGAGGCUGAGCUCAAGGUCUACCUUGCUGCUCUCGAGAAGAUUGUUGCCAUCCUCAAGGCUUUCCUCGACACCAAGGAGGCCAAGUGGUAAGGAAAAUAAAGACGAAUAUUAUGACUGAGAAAACGGUUAGAAGAAAAGUGUUGGAAGAAGCAUUGCGCAAUGGCGACAAAUAUGCAUUGGCUAAAAGCGCUGGUACUACUGCCCUCUGCUGCAUUUUGGUUAUCUAAUGAGCCUCAAAAUAUGAGAAUAAUUUUACGAAUUAAACCCAUUAAUCAUCGU